UUCACGUGAAGAAAGGCAAAGACAUGCAGCUCUGACGCGUUUUUCUGCGGCGCGUCUGGCUCACACGGAUAUAAAUCCCAGCGCGCACCGAGCGCACAGAAGUGCAGAGGAGACGCCACAGGACAGCGCGCAAAACUCGUUCUGACUCUCUGGCAAAUAUGCAUCCUAACUUGGUGAGCUGGCUGGGGACUCUGGGGUUCCUUCUGUGGGCGCUGGUCUGCCUGGGCGCCUUGACGGAGGGAUACCCGGUGAAACCGGAGAACCCCGGAGACGAUGCCCCGGCGGAGGAGCUGGCCAAGUACUACUCAGCCCUGAGACACUACAUUAACCUCAUCACAAGACAGAGGUAUGGAAAGAGGUCCAGUCCUGAGAUUCUGGACACACUGGUCUCGGAGCUGCUGUUGAAGGAAAGCACAGACACGCUUCCACAGUCAAGAUACGACCCAUCAUUGUGGUGAUGCUUUCAUCAGUGUUGGCUCUCUGUCACUGCCGUUCCUCGAUAUCUGGCCUCAGUCUCUUCACGCCCUCCUACACCGAUCACCGUCCAGCCUCUGCCCAUCUUUUACCUCUGCGGGCCUCCACGCACCCCACCCUUCCUCCUGAUCCAUCGGCUACAGUCAACACUGCUUUUAGGCCUAGUAUGUGCCAUAACACUGUAAAUAGUUUAUUCAGAUUAUCAUCCGUGAAACAUUGAGUGGAGGAGGGGCUUGUUGAUUGUAUUUGUGCUAUUAAAGAUUUAAUGUUUGAA